CCGACCCGAACUCCGAUGGCGAGCCUAUGGCGGGCCGCGAUGGGCCAGACGGAGCAGACCAACGACUACGAAGGCGUCGAGUUCUGGUCGAACCCCGAGCGCACCGGCUGGUUGACCAAACAAGGCGAGUACAUAAAGACGUGGCGUCGCCGGUGGUUCGUGCUCAAGCAAGGCAAGCUCUUCUGGUUCAAGGACUCCGCCGUGAACCGCGGCUCCAGUCCACGUGGGGUGAUCCCGGUAGCGUCGUGCCUCACAGUGAAGGGAGCCGAGGACGUCCUCAACAAGCAGUACGCGUUCGAGCUGUCGACGCGCUCCGAGACGAUGUACUUCAUCGCCGACUCGGAGAAGGAGAAGGAGGACUGGAUCAACUCGAUCGGACGGUCCAUAGUGCAGCACUCGAGGUCGGUCACCGACUCCGAGGUCGUCGAUUACGAUAGCAAGAAGUGAGGGGCGGCAAUUUGGUCAGAUUACUGCUGUAGGUGAGUGGUGGUGGAGCUCCGCUCGUGUUCGUACGCCCAUGUAUUUUUUCACGUGCAUAAAUAUUCAGUAAAACUCUGUUUUCUGCUUUCUGUUUUCUUCUGUAAAUGUAUUCAGAUCGUAUUGUGUUUUCCAAUUCGCAGCAAUUUAAAGUCUUUUUGUUUGGUAA